GCUGAGGCCAUUGCAGGACACCAUGUAGCAAAUUGUAUCACAUUGUAUAGUAUUACAAUAAAACCUGUGUUCCUGUCUGAUGACUUGUCUGAAUUUAAUUACCCUUUUGUGACAGCAACUCUAGACUCUCUUGAAUGCUAAACAUCUACAAUGGACUUCAGUGGACAAUAUGAACUCCAGAGUCAAGAAAAUAUGGAAGAAUUUAUGGAAGUUUUGGGAGUCCCAGAUGAUAUGAUUGAAAAAUUCAAAGACCUCAAGAGGGUUACUAAAAUUGUCCAAAAUGGAGAUGACUUCAUAGUUGCUAUCCAAACUGGUGAUCAGGUACUUGUCAAUAAUUUCACACUUGGACAAGAGACGCACGUGCAAACUCCUGCAGGAGACAGGAUCAAGGCUAUAAUGAACCUAGAGGGAGAAAAUAAGCUAGUUGUUAAAGCAAAAGAUUUUACUUCAGUUGCAGAGUUUGAUGGAGAUCUGCUGACAAAUACAAUCACUUUUGGUGAUGUUGUUUACAAACAAAUAAGCAAAAAAGUUGAAGAUCCUGAUGCUGAGGAAGAUCAUCUGUAG